UUCUGCGUCACCUGUUGCGUUUGACGUUCUUGUCACUUAUUUUCGUGUUUAGUAGUGAAUAUUUUAACUGAUAGUGUUAAAUGAUUGUUAUUAUAUCAAUUUAAAUUUUUGCUGCAAACGUAAGUGUUAUUAAUGAAUUGUUAAUAUUGUGUUUUAAAAUACUUUCAUUCAUUAAGCAAAGUUAACCUCAAACAUCAAGCGUGCUGGUUACUACAUCUUGUGAUCCAUAGAUUAAAUUUAAAAAUGAUGUUGAGAAUUCAGUAGAUAUAUACUUCAAUCAUUAUGUCAGAUUAUCUUUCUACUGAACUUGCAGCUACGUGUGCUGCACUUGGUUAUUAUGAUGGAUCUAAGUAUCAUUUGGAUAAGCACUGUUUAGAUGUUAUAAAAGAUCUUAUCAAAUAUUUAAGAAGAGACAGUGAGUCUCAUGUCGUACGUCAGUUUCUUGGUCAAACAAAAGUACUUCAAACUGAUCUCAUAAAAAUUUUUAUUGAGCAUUAUGAUAAACUUGAACUUUGGGAUGUAUUGCUGAGGUUAAUUAUUAAUAUAACAAGUCCAGUAUUACUGCUUUUUAAUGAGCAAGUUCCUACUGAAAAGAUGCAACAUACUAUAUAUCUAAAACUAAUUUCAUAUACACAAUCAUAUAAAGUAGCUUUAAUUGAUGGACGUAUAUGGACAAUACUUAGUAAUCGUUUAAGUGAAAUUCUUAAACUAGAUAAUAUAGAAAGAGGUGAAGAAAAAGAAAUGAUUGUUGAAAGAAUUCUUAUUUUUAUUAGAAAUGUCUUACAAAUUCCUCCAGAUGAAAAUGAAAAACGUGUUGAUAAUGAUGCUACAGUUCAUGAUGAGGUUUUGUAUGCACUCAAUACAUCAGGGAUUGUUGAUUUGUUAGUAUUUAUUGCUAGUAACAGAAGUGAACAGCAAUAUCAUUUGCAAGUUUUAGAGAUUAUAUCGUUAAUGCUUCGUGAUCAAAAUGCAAGUCAGUUAGCAAAAUCUGGCUUACAACGUAGUAUUACCGAAAGAGAAAAAGAUGAAGCAACGCUUUUAGCUGCGCGACUCAAAGAAAAAGAGAAAAAGAUGGAGAAAGUAAGAAAGUAUGCAGGAGCUAGACAUUCACAUUUUGGUGGGACUUACAUCGUCCAAAAUAUGAAAGCCAUUGGAGAGAAUCAGCUGUUAUGUCACAAACCGUAUCAAAAGAUCGAGGCAUUAGAUUUUGGCCAAGAUAAGAAAAAAGUGGCAAAACCAAAGAACAAACGUCCGAUGACGGAUCCAAGGAACGAGCGUACGUCGGCGCUGAGCGUGAGGCUAGUUUUGAAAGAAUUUUGCAUAGAAUUCCUGAAUGCCGCUUACAACUCCGUAAUGAGAUACGCGAGGUCUUCUAUAGUUGGCGACGCUCGAAACAAUCAAUCUGAAGUAACUUGUUAUCUGUGGGCCUUGCGUUUCUUCAUGGAGUUCAAUCGCCAUUACAAGUUUGAAGUAAAAUACGUGAGCGAAACGAUAUCUACGGGAAUAUUUCAUUUAGUGCAAAGGCAGAUGGAACAUUAUUACGACAUGAUAAUUACCGACAAAAAGAAAAUUCCCCUUUGGUCUCGUAGAUUGCAUUUGGCAUUGAAAGCAUAUCAGGAACUUCUGUACACUCUACUGGCGAUGGAUCAAAGUACAGAUCGCAGUGUUAGAGAAUCCAGCAAGGUUAUUAAAAGUAACGUAUUUUACGUUCCGGAAUAUCGAGAAACGAUUCUUUCUCAACUCCUCUGUUUCGACGAGCUUAAGAUGUCUCGACAAUAUUUGAUCGAUCUCACUACGACAGCGCACGUCUUUUUAAAAAUGCUGAGCAAUUAUUGCGGGAGAAAUAAUCGUGGUAUGAUAGUCCAAAAGGUGAAGCAAACACGGCAGAAGAGCGCAGGUAGAAAGAAAGCUGCGCAGAAAGUACAACCUCCGGCUCGAAGCUUGGAAGAACGUUGGGAUGAAAUUAGUCCUCAGCUGUCGAUUGUAAUGCAAGAAGGAACGAUACCGCAAGUUGUGCCAUUUGACGGAGCAUCGGCUGUACCCAUAGACGAUCAAAAAGUCGAUGCGAUGAAGAAGGUCCAAAAGCUACUACGGUCGAAGGAUCUCGAGCAGGCUAUCGGACUCAUUCGUGCAGCAAGAGAGGUCUGGCCUGAGAACGACAGUUUCGGGAGUGCUAAUAUCACAACGGAGGAGGAGUUUCUGGCGCUACGUGAAAUCUUCUUUGCAGACUUGGGCGUGGUCGACGAGGAGCUCGUCGCUGAAAGCGAGACACGCGAGGAUGGGAAUGUUGAGGGACUUCUUAAUAACGUGUCAGAGGAAGAGGACGAAGAGGAGAACGCAUCGAACCAAUAUUCCACGGUUGUGGAAACUGAUUUCAAGUUUUCUGAGUUCGUCAACAGAUUUGCCAAUGUGAAAGUCGUGAGAGCGAUGUUGAUUCUGCUGCAACAGUUCGACAAGAACACAGACGAGGUGAAUCACUACGUCAAUAAGAUGCUCCACCGUAUAGCGUGGGACUGCAAAAUGCCGGGAAUGAUGUUCCAAGCGUCGAUGUUCCGCGUUUUCCAAAGAAUCCUCGAGUCGAGGUACCACGGUCACAAGGAGCUGCAGAAGUUCGCAGUUUUCAUAAUCCGGCGUUUCAUCGAAGUCGCGCAGAAGAACCGGAAAGCGUACAUGGAGCUGCUGUUCUGGAAGACCACUCGUGACGCGACCGAGGUCGUCGAGGGUUACAACGCGGAAACGGAUAACAAGAAAGUUUCGCGCAGCCUUUGGACCGAAACCCAGGAGGACGAGUUACGCACUCUCUUUAUGGAACAUCAGACUAACAAGUAUCCCCAAGACGUCGUCGAUUGGAUCCUGGAGCACAUUAAUCAAGAAAGAACGCGUCGUGGUAUCAUGAAGAAAUUGAAAGAAAUGUACUUGAUCGUCAAUUCAAAGGCUGUACGGAGCCAGGUGCAGAAGAGACUUCCGAAGGAAUGGUCGGAGGACGAGGUCGCCCAGCUCACGGAACUUUGGGAAGAACUGAAGCACGACGACGAUCCCGUAGACUUGAUCUUCAAUGGGCUCACGAUAAAGCGGCCGAAGCCAAAGAUCAAGGAGAAGCUUUUGGAAUUAGGAUUGGCCACGGAUCGCAAGGAGUUUCGCAAAAAGCGAUCGAGAAAAAGCAACCACGGUAAAUCGUCGUGGGAAACGCGGUCUGCCAGUAAUUCCGACGAGGAUGAAAGUAGCGACGAAGAAGCUGGGAAAUCCUCGAGCAAUAAGAACCGGGCUUCCAAUAAACCGGCGGACAAGGGUACGAAGAAAAAUGCGAGGAAACAGCCAACGAUGGUUUACACGAAUGAACAAUUAUCAGGGCUGUUGAAGGAUGUCAUCGACAAGAAUAUGAACGAGGCUCUGGAAUGGAUCAAGGAAUCCCUACUGGAUGUCCUGGACGAUCGAGACGAGGAAAGCACCGAAGGUAUCCCCUUAGUCCCGCUGACAGAUUAUUCGUCGGCUGCAAUGGAUUCGCCGAGCUUUCAGAAGCUUAUUCGGGCUAUGGGAUUCACACCUCCUGCUGAUGAACAAGAAUCUUAUUGGCGCAUACCGUCUAAUAUGCCUGCCUCGUUGAUUCAGAAACGCUGUGAUCUUAUCGAGUCUGUAUUGGCAGGAAACUUCGUUUUCGAAGCGCCGACAAAAAUGAAACCUGAUGAUGAUAAAAGCAGUGGAAGCGAGGACGAAGAUGUCUUGGAAAAUAUUAAGAAGUACUUCGCUUUGAAAGAAGACGAGCCGCAACCAUCAACUUCUCGCAAUUUUGACACUGAAACCAGUGUUCAUUCGGUGUCAAAACCAACGAGAAAAUCAGCUUUCCCGACGUCGAUUGAACGCAUCGAUACAGAAAUGAAGGAAGCGGAAGCAGAGAAUUCGCAGUCAGUCGUUGUAGAGAAAUCAAAAUCUGGAGAAAGAAAAUUCAGUGGACGUAUUAAUUUGAUCCAUGAUUCGUCUGACUCUGAAGAAAUGGAGAUAGAAACCAAUGAAGAUGAGGGGAAAAGAUCUCGAUCCGAUGGCUCGGACAAGGAAAACGAAACUGUGAAAAAACGUCGUCUUCUGGAUAGCGACGAAGAGAAGGAGCCACUAAUGUCUCAGGAUACCAAGAAGAGGACGAUAAUUAUUAGUGACGACGAGGAAGAACCAGCGCAAAAACAACGUAAUCAACAGAGGUCAGCUCGUAUAAUAAUUAGCGACGAUGAAGAUUAAUGAAAGAAGAUACUUUCAUAUCUAUCAAAAGUUUUGCUGUUUAUUUUUAUAAUUUGUAGUAAAUAAAGGCAAGUUAGUCUCACCACAACA